AUGUCCGGAAAAUCUCUCAGUAAACAAAUCAUGGAGAACGAUGAGGUGACGGGUCAAACACCUCUGAUGCUGGCAGUCCAAGAAAACCGGGUCACCGUCUGUGAGAGCCUGAUUGAACACGGCGCAGACGUCAACGAAACCACCCCAGACGGACGCACGGCUCUCCACUUCGCUGCACAGUUCUCGAGGGACGAUACGGUCCGUCUCCUCCUGGCCAGGAAUGCUGACCCCAUGAGACCUGGGGGUCCACUCAACCAGUACCCACUCCACCUGGCCUGUGCACGAAGCUCCGGCGCCCUGUCGACAACAAAACUUCUCCUGUCAGCCAUGGGGAAAGAAGCGAGGAUGGUGAAAGACAAAGAAGGCGUCAUCCCAUUAUUUAUGGCCGUUGAAUCUGGCAACGUACCCGUAAUCAAGGAGUUGUUAGCUCACCUGGCAAGUCAACAAGUAGUCUGCAAGAGAAAUGACACAGGAGACACAGCUCUACAUUUGGCAUGUCGUAAAAAAGAUUUGGAUUCCAUCAAGAUUUUGGUGGAUUCUGGAAUUGCUGUAGAUUCCAAAAAUAAAGAUGGACAGACUGCUGUUCAUGUGUCUACAUGGGAAGGUGACGAUGUUGCCCUGAGGUAUCUAUAUUCUGUUGGAGCUAGCUUCAAUGUUCAGGAUAAGUUAGAGCGAAUGCCCCUGCAUAUAGCUGCAGAAAGAGGUCACACUGACCUAGUGGAGUUUCUCAUCACCCACUGCAAGGCCACAUUAACUGACCGCACACAAGAUGGCAGCACUUUGAUACACAUAGCAUCUAAGUUUGGCCACCCUGAAACUGCCUUGGCUUUCCUAAAGAAAGGAGUUCCGCUGUUGAUGCCAAACAAAGAUGGUGCCAUAUGCCUCCACGUUGCUGCAAUGAUGGGGCAUUCAGCUGUUGUUAAGGCCCUUAUAGCAAAAGGUGCAACAGUUAAUGCUACAACCAGGGAUGGGCAAACAGCUCUACAUCUUGCUGUCAAGUACAGAAAGCCGAAUGUUGUUCAAGCUUUGAUUGGUAGUGGAGCACAUGUGGAAACUAAAGGGGGAGAACUGUUAGAAACCCCCCUUCACAUAGCAGCCAGAACAGAGGGUGGUGAGAAAUGUGCCGAGAUGCUGUUCAAAAGUGGAGCAGAUGUCAAUGCCACAAGAGAGAAUGGUGAGACAGCUCUCCAUGUGUCAGCAAGGUAUGGCAGAUUGAGUGUUCUCCGCUCGUUAUUGAGAGAGGGAGCAAACCCAAUGACCCAGUCAAAAGCUGGUGAAACAGCCCUGCACAUAGCAACUCGACAUUGUCAUUUAGAUAUUGUUAAGGAACUUCAAGAAUUUGUUUGUUUAAAAAGGUCAUUACAUGAUGCCAUCACCCUUGCCAACCAACAGAAUAAUGAAGGGGAAGCCCCAAUACACUGUGCAUCAGAAAUCAAGAAAAGUCAAGUUCAUAAUGAAUUCGAAGAUACUGACCUUGUCAAAUUGAUCCUCAGUUACAAUGCUAAUGUCACUUACACCACAAAACUGACUCAAGAAAGUUGUCUUCAUUAUUGUGCUAGAGCUGGAAAUGCAGACAUUUUAAUGGAAAUAGUCAAACACCUGGGACCACAGAUUCAAGCAAUUGUUAAUAAACAAUCUAGGAAUGGCCAGUCACCACUUUUGGUUGCGAGUGAGCAAGGCCAUCUUGAUAUUGUAAAAAUCCUGUUAAAAAAUCAAGCUAGGGUCGACAUCUUUGAUGAGCAUGGCAAAACAGCCCUUCAUUUGGCAGCAGAAAAUGGCCAUGAACAAGUCGCAGAUAUGCUGCUCUACCACAAAGCAUUUGUUAAUGCCAAAUCCAAGCAUGGCCUGACACCCCUACACUUGGCAUCAUCCAAUGGAAAUGUUGCUCUAGUCAAGUUACUUGUUGACAAACAUGGGGCAACUAUUGAUGCCUUGACUUUGGCCAAGAAGACCCCCCUGCACAUGGCAGCACAGAAUGGGAAAAAGGAAGUUUGUAGUGCUCUUAUAAAAAUGAAAGCAGAUACCAAUGCUAUUGAUGCGCAAGGUCAGAGCCCCCUACACUUGGCUGGUGAGAGCAAUCACUCAGAUGUUGUCAAGUUGUUCCUCAAGUACAGACCUGAACUAGUCACCAUGGCCAACACUAAUGGAAUGACAUGUGCUCACAUUGCUGCAGCUAAAGGAAGUGCAGAUGUCAUCAAAGAACUCAUGAAGUUUAAUAAAAUCAUCAUCACUACUGCAAGGAACAAGACCAAUGACUCUACUGCCCUGCAUCUGGCUGCUGAUGGUGGACAUUCCCAGGUUGUCAAAAUUUUACUGGAGGCUGGUGCCUCAGCAUUAGAUGAGAAUGCUGAUGGAAUGACUGCUCUACAUUUAGCUGCUAAACAUGGGCAUAUUGAAGUCAUGAAUGAGUUAAAAAAUUUCAUUCCUUUAAGAACAGCCAGUAAAAAAACAGGUCUAACAGCCCUUCAUGUGGCAGCCCACUUUGGUAAAGCAGAUUUUGUCAGAGAAAUGUUGAUCAAUGUGUCAGCUUGUGUCAAGUGUGAGGCCCCUGUGUCAAGUACAUAUGGCAUGCAGUGGUCUUCAGAAGCCGGCCUGACACCUCUACACUUUGCAGCCCAGUCUGGUCAUGAGGGACUGGUCAGAAUCCUGUUAAACUGUCCAGGUGUCCAGACAGACUCGGCAUCAAGUGUCACGGGUUCAAUUCCACUUCACCUGGCAGCAGGCAAUGGUCACACGUCUGUUGUCAGUCUUCUACUGAGUAAAUCAACAUACCAGAUCCACACCAAGGAUAAAAGGGGGAGAACUGCCUUGUUGAGGGCAGCAGCCAAUGGUCAUUUAGAAAUGUGUGCUCUUUUGAUUGGCCAGGGAGCUGACAUCAAUACAUCAGAUAAGAAUGGUUUCACAGCUCUCCAUUUUGCCAGCAGUGCUGGGUACUUGAGUGUGGUCAAGCUUCUGGUGGAGUCUGGUGCCUCCCCCAACAUUGAGACCAAGGAUGGGAAAGUGCCCAUCACCUUUGCCACAUCAGCUAAUCACAUAGAUGUACUCAGUUACUUGAUGAAGCGGGAUCACAACACCAGGCUGCUCAUGGAGGAUAGAAAGUUUGUUUUUGACUUGAUGGUUUGUGGGCGAAUGAACAACAACAAAUGUUUGGAAGAGUUUAUUCUUCUCUCCCCUGCACCUGUGGACACAGCAGCCAAGUUGGCCAGGAAUUUUCAGCUUCAGGCUAUUAAAGAGAAAGAAAGGUCACGUGACUUAGUAUCAGCCAGCACCUACUGUGAAGCUAUGGCCGUGGAGCUGACAGCCAUAGCUUCAAAUGUCAGCAGUGCCAGAAAGUUGCUGAAAGCUCUGGACAACCAUGGCACACCUUUUCUUGAUGUCUUGAUUGACAUGGAGCAGAAAGAGGUUGUUGCCCACCCAGCAGUACAAAAAUAUCUCUCAGAUGUCUGGAUGGGGGAUCUCAGAUGGGCCAACUGGAAGAUUGUUAUGUUAUUUUUUGCCUUUUUGCUUAUCCCCCCUGUCUGGAUUCUCUUUUCCUUGCCCUCAAGGCAUAGGUUCAACAAGGUCCCUAUAAUAAAAUUUAUGACCUACUUGGUGUCCCACUUUUACCUGAUGAUCCUGUUCAGCCUGACCAUAGUAGCCCCCCUUGUCCCCAUCUACCAAUCCACAUCCCUGAUCCCACAUUGGUACGAGUGGAUCCUGCUUGCCUGGUUGUCUGGUCUGCUGGUCUCAGAACUCACCAACCCAGGAGAUAGACAAGGUCUGGGCUGGAUACGUACUGUCAAUCUGGGCAUAUGUGCUAUUGCAAUUUUUUGUCACAUACUGGCAGCAGCAUUCCAAGACAAAGACCGCAUGGUCAUGCUCUACAUAAGAAACCAGUUCAUGGCCUGGGCUCUGCUCUUGACCUUCGUCCAGCUACUUGAGUUCCUCAGCUUCCACCAUCUGUUUGGCCCCUGGGCCAUCAUCAUUAGAGACCUGAUUAAAGACCUGGUGCGCUUCCUGGUUAUACUGCUCAUCUUUAUGAUAGGCUUUACCCUGCACCUGACAGCCCUGUACCAGCCUGUCUUUAGUCCAUACGCAGACACAGAGAUUGGAACGGAUUUUGUACAGCCCAACACAUUAAGUCCCAUAGAUACAUUUGAGUUCUUGUUCUUUGCUCUGUUUGGGUUGACAGACCCAGCCAGCUUUCCUCCCUUGGAUAGAAGCCCUAUGUGGACUACAGUUUUGUUGAAGGUGGUAUUUGGAACGUACAUGAUGAUCACAUUUAUUGUGUUGAUCAACCUGUUGAUAGCCAUGAUGUCAGACACUUAUCAACGCAUCCAACAACAGUCUGAUGUGGAAUGGAAGUUUGGCAGAGCUAAACUCAUCAGAAACAUGAACAAGACAUCCGCCACACCUGCCCCUCUCAACCUGUUUACAAAACCUUUUUUCUACUUGAAACUGGCUUUGAAAUUAAAAUGUAAAAUCUGGAGCCCACUAGCCUCAAAUUUCAUGAAUGAAGAGGAUCACGACACCAUGUCAGACUCCAGGUCCUUGGAUAAUUUUGGUGGCUCCAACUACAAGCUGUGGAAGCGGAAGAGCACAGUGGAGCCUGCAGGAGUGCAGGUGCAUGCGCAGAACAUCGAAGACGUGGUGGAUUGGAGAGUGGUGACUCAUCGGUACCUGGUCAUGCAAGGGGCCAGUGACCUGGACGAGACGGUCAUCAAAAGCUUCAAACCCUUUGGGAUGGAUGCUCUAGAAGAUGAGGUGACCUAGAACAACAUUGCCUGUGGGUGGGGGGAAUUCUUGCUGCAAAACUGAUGGAGUGUUGUCUAAUAAUACAUCUAAUUGAAUGUGAAAAAUUCUUAUAGCCAAGCUUCAGUAGCCUGAUACCCCAUAUCUAAUGGAAUGUGAUAGAUUCUUAAAGUUACUCUAGGUAAUGCAGUAUUGAAUAGCCUUGAGCUAAUUAAAUGUGACCGGUUCUUAAAAGUUAAACUACAGUAUCCAGUUAGUCUUCAGUUAAGGAAAUGUGAUGUGUUCUUAAAGCUAAACUCUAAGGAAGGCAAUAUCUGGAUAGCCUUGAACUAAUGAACUGUUAUAGAUUCUUAAAGCUACACCCUAAGGAAUGCAGUUGUUGGAUAAUCUACAGCUAAUGGAAUGCAGUUGUUGAAAUACAGCUAAUGGAAUGUGAUAGAUUCUUUAAAUGUAAGGAAUGCAGUAUCUGGAUAGCCUUGACCUAGCAAGAUCUCAUCUGCUCCUUGUUACUCUUAAGACUUGUUACUUGUUAAAGUGAUAUUUUUAUAAUGUAAAAUGCUAUGGAGUGAUUACUUCAACCAUGUUUCUACUUUAAUGUUACAUCCCUGUCAUUCAUUACCAAAUUUUUUCUUUCACUGUGUAAAUACUUCACAUCUUCAUGAAUAGGUGUGUUAAUUUAAAUGUUUUUGUAUACAUUUCUAUAAAUAAAUAUAAAGCACUUUGUGAGGUGUCCAAACAAAACACCUGGACAUAAUCCCCUAUCAACAUUAGACCCCAGGACAUAAACCCCCAACCCCAACAGAAGCCCCACAGGACAUUUCUCCUCCUCCCCCC